CACCGCCGUCCGAGGCGCUUUGCAGUGGGGUGAAAGCGGCCGCACUGCGCCAGCAAUGUGCCCAAAGCCUGGCCAAAAGCAGCCGAGGUCCAUUGCUGCUGGUUCAGUGACAGCUUCAGGUGUGGGGGCAGAGACGCAGCCACGUGUGCCGGCACGGCCCCGGUGUAGGCAGAGCUGCUUGAAACAGGCUAUUCAGUCACCUGACUCUUUCAGGAUCAUCCUGAGACCCUUGAUCGCUUUGAAAAGUUCAAAGGCCUGAAGACCCCUGAUGCGAUGAAGGGCUCUGAAGAUCUGAAGAAACAUGGAGUUACUGUUCUUACCCAACUGGGCAAAAUCCUGAAGGCAAAGGGUAAUCAUGAGGCCGAGUUGAAGCCCCUGGCUCAGACCCAUGCAACCAAGCACAAAAUCCCUGUUAAAUAUCUGGAGUUCAUUUCUGAAGUCAUUAUCAAGGUCCUUGCUGAAAAACACGCUGCAGACUUUGGGGCUGAUGCCCAGGCUGCAAUGAAGAAGGCUCUGGAGCUGUUCCGAAAUGAUAUGGCCAGCAAGUACAAGGAGUUCGGUUUCCAGGGUUAGCACAUACGCACAAAGGAGCGCCACGAUGGAGGGCCUGGCCACGCAUCUUUCCCCAGUGCUAUUUUGGACAUCUCACAGUUGGCCAUCUCUGCUGUGUGGGAAAGCUUUGAUGAGAGGCCAAGAGUCACUCCAGGCAGCAUAGAGGCACAGAGUGAUAUCCAUGAUGAACUGUUGUUUCCUGGCUUCAUGUAUACAAAAGAAAUAUUCUGCUUUUUUAGGAAAAAUAACAUUAGGGGUUAUCUGUGAGCUUCAGCCUAUUUUAUCCCCUUUCUCUCUCUCUCCCUGAAAUGCGGUCUCAUCUGAGAGGCAAAUGGCAUGGCCAAAGAUGAAGGGAUGUGGAGGAUCAAGGCAAGUGCUGAGUGUGGUGAAUGAGUGAAGGAAUGACUCAAAUGAGAGAUGUGAGAAUGGGAAGCAGGGACACAGCAUCCCAUUCCUCCCACAGGUGAGACUGUUAGCAGGUUACUAUGGAGAGCUUCCAGCACAGUGUUACCUUGCUUUGUGGGGGUGAAUGCAGCCAGUCAGUCUCCAGUGCCUGCCAGCUCUGGAGGGUUUAGCUGUUGAACUUGCAUUAGCAAAACUAUAAAGAGCAGUACUCCCUGUGAUCUGUAGGCUUUCUAGUAGCCACUACUAUGUGUCUGAAGGUCUGUUGCCCUGGGAAGUGAAAUAUGUGUUUCUCAGAAAA